CAUCAAUCUAAUCGACCAUCAACACCACCACCACACCACCUCUAACGCACGACCAACCCCGACUCGCAGGAACCCGCAACCCAACCCUUAGCCGAAAAUGGUGGUCAAGAUCCGUCUCGCGCGCUUCGGGCGCACCAACGCCCCCUUCUACAACAUCGUCGUCUCUCAUGCGCGUACCGCGCGCAACAGCCGGCCCCUCGAGGUGAUCGGAACCUACGACCCGAUCCCCAAGACCGACCUCUACGACGACUCGGGCGCCCUGCACAAGGACAUCAAGCUGGACACGACGCGGGCCAAGUACUGGAUCGGCGUGGGCGCCCAGCCGACCGACACCAUGUGGCGGCUGCUCUCCUUGGUCGGCAUCCUCCCGCCCAAGUACCGACCAACUGCGAAACCGAGCCCGGGCGCACCGCGAGGGGAUAAGACAGCCUCGUGAUGAGCUCACCCAACUGACUGACAUGACAACAACGAUGUGACAUCAUAUCACAACUGUAUUCAUCUAUUUCCCGGCAUCAUGUGCGCAAGUGGCACGACACAACCGACGACAUGUACAUACAACGGCGUUUCUUUUUGCAAGGCGGGGG